AUGACGUCGAAUAACCCCAAGACCGAGAUGGAUGUCCAGUCAGAUGAACAACUCAAAGACGACCCGGAUCUAGAACGCUCUGGGCGGAUCACCUUUGAAGAAUCUUCGGCGGCAGAGGGAUUCCAAUCAAUAUACCAGCCAAACCAUCUCUCUCGUACCCGCUCGGUCAGCCGUGAUACAAUUCACAGUACCCAUAGCAGUGUGCAAGGUGCUGCUACGCUUCCUAUCGAGUUCCGAACUCUAUCCAUUCACGUCUCCGAGUCCCAGGCCGCCCCGAAAGAGGACAUAAGUGAGAUCGCGAAGGACAAACACCCCCAGCAAGACUACUUCGAGAACUUGGACUUCCACAUAAUACCCCCCGAGAGACUAUGUCAGGAGUUCAAUGUCGACCAGCGCACUGGUCUGACCUCUGCAUCUGCCGCCACUCGCUUGCAGAGAGAUGGCAAGAAUGUCAUUGCCCACCACAGAGAGAACUAUCUGAAAAAGAUAUUUUUCUACGUCUUCGGUGGAUUUUGCUCUGUCCUUUGGGUAGGAGUGGUCAUCUUCUUUGUCUGUUGGAAACCACUCAGCAACCCACCUUCUGCCCAGAACCUGGCCAUGGCUGUGCUGAUUCUCAUCGUCAUUGCCCUCCAGGCAAGCUUCUCGGCUUUCCAAGACUGGUCGACUAAACGUGUGAUGAACUCGAUUUUGGAUCUUCUUCCUGCGGAGGCGAUGGUACUGCGGGACGAGAAACUCGUCCAGAUACCUGCUACCGACCUCGUCGCGGGAGACAUUGUUCACAUUGGAAUUGGAAACAAGGUUCCUGCCGACAUGCGUAUUCUCCAGAGCUCGGGCGAUGUUCGUUUCGACCGGGCCAUUUUGACUGGCGAGUCGGAUGAAGUUGAAGGUGCAAUUGAAUGCACCGAGAUCAACUUCCUGGAGACUCGCAACAUCGCUCUCAUGGGAACGGGCGUGACAAAUGGUAAUGCUAUUGGUGUCGUCGUCCUGACAGGGUCUCGCUCUGUCAUGGGUCGCAUUGCUUCAGUGACAGCCGGAGUGAAGCAAAAGACGACAUUGAUCCAACGGGAGAUCAAUCGCUUCGUCACUAUCAUCGUGAUUCUCACGAUUUGUCUUGCUCUGCUGAUUCUUUUCACUUGGCUGGGGUGGCUGCACAGAGACCACCCUUCCUACAUGAGUGUGGUUGCCAUGCUGAACAAUGUCAUGGGAUGUGUGGUCGCCUUCAUUCCCGAGGGUGUUCCCGUCGCCGUGGCAUUGACUCUCAUGAUGAUUGCGAAACGCAUGAAGAAGACCAACAUCUUACCCAAGGGUCUGGCAACCGUUGAGACAUUGGGCUGUGUCAAUGUGCUUUGCUCCGACAAGACCGGCACCCUCACCCAGAACCGCAUGUUUGUCAAAUCCCUUGGAAUGGUCGAUUGGGAAUACAACCUCGAAGACCUCGCUCCUGGCGAGUUCGGGACAGUCGAGCUCCCCGAUGGGCUGCGCGAUAUGAUCCGCGCAUCCGUGCUAUGCAAUGACGCUACCUUCGACCCGACUACAAUGAGCAAGCCUUCUCACGAGCGAGCUGUCCAUGGUAAUGCAACCGAUGCUGCAGUUUUGCGAUUCGCAGACAGCGUGGGAUUGACAUCACCGAGCUCACUGGCGGGAUAUGACCGUGUGCAUCAGAUUCCCUUCAACUCAAAGAACAAGUGGAUGCUCACCAUGCACCGUGAACCCAACUCAAGUCAGGAAUACAAUCUCUAUGUCAAGGGAGCUCCGGAUGUGCUUCUCGACCGUUGCUCGACCUACUGGUCGGCAGUCCACAAUGCAGUCCGUCCACUGGACCCUGAGGCGCGCGAGCGGUUCUCGAAUUUCCAGGCGAAGUUGUCCCGUCGCGCAGAGCGCGUGAUCGUCAUCUGCCAACGCCGCUAUACGCCGCGAUCUGCUCCCGGGUCCAACGACUUCAGCGAUGAAAUCGCAGAGUCUGGUGUGCAGGACUUGACUGUCCUUGGCAUUUUUGGGAUUGUUGAUCCACCACGCGAGGAGACAGCUCAGACUGUUGCCGCUUGUCGCGGAGCCGGAAUUCGUUUCUUCAUGGUGACUGGUGAUUUUGGAUUGACUGCUGCUGCCAUCGCUCGCGAGAUUGGAAUCUACAAUGGUACCGCGGAGCCAGAUACGGUCGAAGAUCUCAUGGAUGGUCUUGAUGUUACCAUGGAGAUCAAAGUCCCGAAAUCUCGACACAGUCUGCUCCUUGAAGGACCAAGCUUAUCGUCCUUGACUUCGGAGAACUGGGAGACUGUCUGCGGCUACGACGAGAUUGUCUUCGCUCGCACCACCCCCGAGCAGAAGCUUCGCAUUGUCAAGGAGCUUCAAGCCCGUGGCUCGGUCGUAGCCGUAACAGGCGACGGAGUCAAUGACGCCCCAGCUUUGCGUCAAGCAGACGUUGGCAUCGCAGUCGGAUCCGGCAGCGAUGUGGCAAUCGAAGCCGCGGAUCUAGUUCUUCUCGAACGCUUCGACUCCAUCAUCGAAGCCAUCCGUCUAGGCCGCCUCGUCUUCCAAAAUCUCCAAAAAGUAAUCGCCUACCUCCUCCCAGCAGGCAGUUGGUCCGAGAUCUGGCCCGUCUUAAUGAACGUCUUCUUCGGCUGCCCAGCACCACUAAGCACCUUCCUCAUGAUCAUCGUCUGCGUCUUCACAGACCUCUUCCUCUCUCUCUCCCUCAUCAUGGAAAAAGAAGAAUUCGACCUCCUAAGCCUACCUCCCCGCCGCCCAACAAAAGACCACCUCAUCAACCUCCGCAUCUACGGCCAAGCCUACCUCUUCGUCGGUGUCAUGGAAGCUUUCAGCGCCCACGCAAUGUUCUUCCUGUACAUGUGGCGCCACGCCGGAAUCCCCUUCUCAGACCUCAUCUUCGCUUUUGAGAACUACGCUGAAGGCUUCCACGGAUACACGGCAGACGAGCUAAACCACUUCACGAGUGUCGGGCAGUGCGUCUACUUCGUUACUCUGGUCAUCAUGCAAUGGGGCAAUGUGCUCUCGGUCAGAAGUAAACGCAUGUCCAUCCUCCAAGCUGAUCCGAUUCGACCUGCUCGUCGGAAUCCAUGGCUUCCUCUCGCUAUUCUCAUCUCUCUUGUCAUUGCUAUCUUUGUCACGGAGGUUCCUGGUAUUCAGAAUAUCUUCAGCACGGCUUCGGUUCCUAUUGAGUUCUGGCUUAUUCCUCUUGGUCUUGCUUUGGGGGUGCUUUGUAUGGAUGAAUUGCGGAAGGUUCUUGUGAGACUUUUCCCUAAGGGUCCUGUUGCUUGGGCUGCGUGGUGA